GGCAAUGAUGCCCCUGCACGCCCGAGCCAUCAUCAGCACUCCACGCCCCUGCCUCCCUGCACACCGCGCCUUACCCCAAUCCCGUGCCUCUGCACCGCUGAUUACUGCAGCCCCCAUCCUUGCCUCACAUGCAGAAAAGACAAGGAGUACCGGACAAAUUGGCAUCAUUGAUUGACAGAGCAAGGCCCUUGUCUUUUGUUGCAUUUUAUUUUUAUUUUUAUCAUUUGGGGUAUAUAUAGGGCAAAAGCAGAGUAAUGGGGUUGGUUGGAGAGUUUUUGAAGUUUGAUUUAGAGGAAGGGGUUGGUUUUGGGUUGAUUUUGGGUCUCUUUGUGGAGGAGUCUCGUCUGAGUUUUUGAGAGCAGAAGAAGGAAAUUCUGAGGAGAAAAGGGGGGUCUUUUGCUGGUUGAUUUUCGAGUUUAGUUUGAAAAGAAGAUCGAUUCUGCUCGCUGGAGGUGGGAAAACAAAAGGGUAUUCUUGCUUUAGGUAAUCUCCUGAACAGAGGGAUUUUUGGGAAGGAUAGUGAAGGAGACGAACGGAGCCUGGUCCCCUGGGUGGGAUCCCUCCCUUCCGAUCUGGAUCUACCUCCUAAAAAUUCCGCCGUGGGUGUUUUAUUAUUUUCUGUUGAUUUUGUUUAGAUCUGUGUUUAAGAUUGAAUGUGUUUUCUUGAAAAAAAAAUGAAUGAAAAG